CAAAAUCUUUUCACUCAUCCUUUGGCAUAUCUUUACAUAAAUCAAUUUUCUUGGUUUUCCUUUGUUUUUUUUUUCAAAUUCAUUGUUUGUUCCACUUGGUGAUUUCUUUGGCACGCUCUAUAUUUUUUUAUUGUAUUAAUAUCCUCGAUUUACUAUGAUAACCAUGCAAGGUUUCCAAUCCCAUUCCCCUGAGCCGUUGUAUCCUCCUGCCAUGUUGUGGGCUGAUAUGAAUUCUUCCGGCGAUUCGCUAGUAUCGCCAACCUCUGCUUCAUCGAUGGAGACUUCUAGCAUGAGCGAAGUAACUGCCUCUGCGAUGGCAGCUGCUGCGUGUUAUCAUCAAGGUUUAGGUGGUGACUACUGUUUCUUUGAUCAAACAGCGAAUCUUCAUGCUACAUAUUUUCCACAUUUGGGAACCCCGUCUUUGGAUUCGGGUCAUCCGGCCUUCUUUGGAUAUCCACCCACACCGGCCGCCAGUGACGACUGGUUUCAAUCCAACGAAACAUCAUAUAUGGGCGCACUAGAUCCAUAUCCUUGUAAACCAAUUUCGUCGCCUUCGCGCAAAAAGUCGCGCCAUGCAAAAUGCAAAGAGAAAAAGAAGUGCUCGAACUGUGGUGCCACCAAAACUCCGUCUUGGCGACGAGGUGUCGCCGGUGGCAAACUGUUAUGCAAUGCUUGCGGGUUAUAGUAAGUUCUACAUUGAUUUUUUUUUCCACAACAAAGAACAUACAUAUUCUAACGCAACCUAAUUUUU